GGUUUCUCGUCCUUAGUCCUGAGCUCCGUUGUGACGGGGUGAGGGGGAGCAAAGAGCUGGGCCAGGCCCAGGCGGAAGCCGGCUGCGGGGCUCUGCCGUCUGUGGCCUCUGCCCUGCCCUGCCUCUGUAGGUGGGAGCCUUGAGGAAGAGGGAAUGGCCCCUGUGCCGAGAGCCAGGCCUGGACAGGAAUCAUUGACAUUCAAGGAUGUGGCAGUGGAAUUCACCCAGGAGGAGUGGGUACAAUUGAACCCAUCUCAGAAAAUGUUGUACAGGGAUGUGAUGCUGGAGAAUUAUAGGAACUUGGUCUCUUUGGGAUUUGCAGGUUCCAAACCAGAUGAGAUCUACCAGUUGGAAAGAAGGGAAGCAUCUUGGAUGCCAGAGGCAGAUAUUUCCAGAAGCAGCUGUCCAGGUGACCUCAUAAAAACCAAGCAUAUGGGUUAUUGCAAACUAGUGAUCUGUUAG